AAGUCGACACUCGACACUGCCGGUCAACCACACCACCUCCCCUCCGAUUCGUCCCUAGCAACGAACGAAGGCAUCACCAGCAAAAUUCUUGCAACAGAUAUCGGGUCGCUCUGAGCACUCCGGGUAUAUGACCACCCCUGCCUCCUCCUGUCGGAAGCCAAUGGCUAGAUUUUAUGGUUGCCGGGAAAAUUGAGGAAUUUAUAUGCUUCUUUCGAGGAAUCUUAUCACACACAUCUAUUUCGCAGGAAAUGCUAAUUUUGGCGGGAAGACGAAAGCAAAAACACCACCAGUCCACCAUUCCAUUGUGCAUGCACCAACGGGCCAGUUUACAAAACAUUAUGCCUAAAAACGACAUAUUUUCGUUUGAUGUUUUGCUCGGUGGCGAGCCUGUGAUAGAAUACGAAAAAGACGGGCAAACAUACGUUAUGACUAAUCUCAUGCAUGAGACUACAUAUCAUGAAGAAAGAGUUGAGUUUGUCGAUGAUAGGGAGGAAAGACAGAGAAUCCCCGUUACGCCUUAUCAAAUUGCCCUAACAUUGACAUCGUUGAAGCUUCAGCAAGUUUGGGCAGAGGUUUAUGUCGAUGGAAGCUUUAUUAGGCAAAUAUUACUCAGACAAGGACAAAAAUUUAUCUUAAAAGGAUUUAAUGAUGGUGAAAAAAUUCGAGAGUUUCUUUUUUCCCUCCCUCGGUUUGGAAGAGACAAGGAUGACCACAUAGAAGAGAGUCGUGUGAACAAGGUUGGCUGUAUUUCUGUUCACGUCUACGAAGCAAAAUACAAAGGCAAGAAAAUGAGAGGAAAGUUUAGUGAGAAAUCGCUGGACUACAUACAGGCGACAAAGAAAGAUACCACCAUUGUGACAAAAGGUAACUACACCAUGGCCACAACGAAACCGGGACGUUGCAUCGAAGACUUAGCAGCUAGAACUGGGGGAAAACGAAAGCGUAGUGAUGAGGUAGACAUUUGGUAUAAAGAACAAGAAGUAAGUAAGUUGGAUGUGAAGUAUCACAUGAGACACACCCUGGUCGACAUGGGCAUUCAAAUGUUGGAAUAGGUUUUCAAAAACAUGUUGGUUCAUUUCAAAUUGUCGUUUUGUUAAGCCUUGGGAAUUUACACAGGAUCCCAGGACGUUCUUCAUAAUGUUACGCAAAAAGACAUUUCACAUUUUGCUUUGUUCACAUGUAAACCUUGUUGUAUAUUCAAUAAAGCUCUCA